AUGAUAGGGAUAGGGCCACAAACACGAGAUCAGGGACAGAAUUCAGAGAGUUGUAAUGAGAAAAGUGAAUCGAUUGGAUUAAAGAAAGAGAUGAAUGAUGGUGUGUACGUUGAGGGAUGUGUCGAAGGUUUGCCUGUGGUGUUCACGGCUGACACGGGUGCCUCAAGAACCAUUUUGUCAUCUAGGAUUUAUCAUAAGCUGGAAAAAGGGGAAAGGCCAAUGCUAAAAAACUCGGUGUGUUUAAAAGGUGCAGGUGGCUCCCCAAUAAAGAUUUUAGGUAAGGGGAUGUUUGAGAUAAAGCUGGGAGAGCUUGCUCUUAAACGUGAAAUUAUAGUAGCUGACAUAGAAGAUGAUGCGCUUCUUGGUUACGACAUACUGAAUUCUGCUGACCUGCUUCUUACAAAAGAUUUGGUAGUUCUGAAGGGCCAAAAGAUACCAUGUAAAAGGAGACUUGACACCUUUAAACAAGGAAAGGUUACUAUGCAGAGGAUCCGAACUGAAGAUUUCAAGGAUAGGUAUCAGUUGAUACUGGCAUGUACGCUGGUUGACAUCAAUGGUGCGGCUACUUCGAAGGUGCGUGUUCUCAAUCCAUUUCCUGUUGACGUGAAACUCAGGCAAGAUGCUGUGAUAGGUAAAGCUGAAAAGGUCGAAAAGAUAGUGAGUAUAGUAUCUGACCAAGAGCAUAGUAGUGAAGCAGAAAACCUAGACAAGGUUAGGCGAAUAGAGGUGGUGACCAAAGAGAAAAUGGAGCCCGAGAUCGGUUUGCCGAGAGCUGAACCAGAAGAUGUGCCAAGUCACCUAACAGAGCUCUAUACUGAAGCAGUGAAAGGUCAUGCCAGUGAUGAAGCAAAGAUAAUCGCAGGCCUCCUCGUGAAACAUCAGCACACAUUUUCCAAGGACGAAUGGGAUAUUGGAUUGACGCAUUUGGUGGAGCAUCCAAUAAAAACGAAUGAUGCAGAACCAGUCAAGCAACGACCUAGGAGAGUACCUCUUGCGUACGCAGAUGAAGAGAAGAAGGCGAUCGAAGACUUGCUAAAAAAAGAUGUUAUACGAAAGAGUACUUCACCUUGGGCUAGCCCAAUUGUACUUGUGAAGAAGAAAUCGGGAGCUAUAAGACCUUGCGUCGAUUAUCGAAGAGUUAAUGCAAUUAGUGAAACAAGACGGAUUCCCACUACCAGAGUGCAAGACUGCUUGAUGCCGUGGGGUGCCAGUUUGUUCAGCAGCUUUGAUCUUACCAGCGGGUACUUCCAGAUACCUCUCAAACAGGAAGAUAUACCAAAAAGCGCCUUCGUCUGUAAAUUCGGGCAUUUUGAGAUGACACGAAUGCCGUUCGGGCUUAAUAAUAGCAGCAGUACAUUUCUAAGAAAUGAUUGGAGCUGGCACUGCAGGGUCUUCAAUGGGAAACGUGUUUGGUUCUAUAUAUGA